AUAAAAGUGUCUACUUUAAGCUUUGUAGCAGUCAUAUUCAGGACAUAGAUGCUGUGCAACGCAGUAAAGGAUGUUAAAGUAAAUCACAGUGAGACUCCUCAGUUUCGGCGCUGUUGUCUAUUUUUGUAAACUCCGUACAGCUAUAUACAUUCAACUAGAAAACUGUGUUUAUCUCCUUUUCCGGUUACUUUGGGACAGAAACACUCGCUCUGUAACGCACAUAUAUGUCGGGCGAAUGUGCGUCAUGUUUUGGAUAUUGGGUAAUUAAACGAAUGUAAAUUGGGUGGAAUAAUUUAUAGCGUCACAUUGUGUGAACAAAGCAAAAUAAAAUUUGGCGAAUCGGUAUAUCUUGUCGAAAACUAGGUGUUUUAAACACGCAAGAAUUUUGAAUGGAGAUUGGUGAUGAACGUCUCUUGCACGUAUCGGGGCGGGGCUUCCUACUCUAUCUGUACCAGGACAAGGAAGCUAUUUCGGCCAAUAGUACUGCGCCUUUGCAGGGCACAACAAGAGAGUGACCAAUCACUAGCCAUAGUUACGGACUUGCACACGAGCUUACCUUGAUUGGACAACCUAUGAACUGAUGCCGUCAUUUCCCUCGUGGCGCCGUGUUUGUGUGAACCAACAGCGACGCCGCACGAAAACUGACCAAUUACAAUUCUUAAAUCGAUCAGCGAAUGAGAUUUCUCCGCCGCAGUCACCGCUGUCAGCUCAGCCAAUCGCCUGUCGGGAAACAGAUCUCGGGCUCAACAGCUUGUUGUUCGAGAAUCGCUUCGCAGGCUGGGAGAGAGGAAGCAGCAGCAGUCGUAAAUGUGAGUAAAACAUCCAUGUUUAUGAAAAACGGAGCCAAAAAUAGUACCAGAGGAAGUUUAGGUGUGUUGGGCGGACAGAGAGUUAAGGGUAUCGAUGGCUGCUCCGUCGUGAGCCGCCCGAGUGCGCGGAGCAGACCGCGGGCUGAAUGGCAGCAGUAAAGGCGAACAAACGUGAAGCUGCUACGUCUUUGUGGAACAAAAAUAAAUCCGACACACUCCGGUUCUAUCUACUGUCACUGCUUCUGUUUGUGUUCCUGAAUGUUUGCAGCGUGAACGUCGUUCCUGUGGCCGCUGGAGGAGCUCGCUCUUCGGUGAGCUCACGGUUUAAAUCGCCGUUAGGUUUCCCAAACUGAUUCGUUAUUAGCCGAGUUAAGUAGCUAAAUUUAGCUCCUGAGCUGAGAGUCGAACCUCUUUAGAGGAGAAAAGGGAAAACAUAGUUGUUCGGACUCGGUUCGUGUUUCGACGACUCCUCCAGUCCUCCUUCUCUCCUGUUAGCAGGCUGUUUCGGGGGGAGGUGAAGGGAGAACAGCUAGCAGAGUUAGCUGACAUGGCGACGUGACUCAGAGGAGCACAGAGAGUGGAGCGGGAACAGGAUCAUCACCGUGUUCCUUGCACUGAACAGCCGCACACUUUUUAACCCGCUGUACCAUGGUGACAGCGAAGGCUCCUCGAUGACCGUGAGCUUGGUUCCCGGAGUUAACGAAGAAGCUGCAUUUGUACUGAUCUGGGGGAGGAGGGGAGAGGUUGAUCCCCAGUCUCUCGAGCUGGACUCCGUCACACAUCGCUGAAGAUGAAGGCAGCAGACGAACCUGCCUACCUGACGGUGGGGACAGACGUCAGCGCCAAGUAUAGAGGAGCCUUCUGUGAGGCCAAGAUCAAGACGGUGAAGCGCAUGGUGAAGGUCAAGGUGACGCUCAAAGGUGAAAGCACAUCUCAGGUGGUGCAGGAUGACCAAGUGAAAGGACCUCUGAGGGUUGGUUCUACGGUGGAGGUGAAGACCAAUGAAGGUCUGUCCAGUGAAGGCACCAUCAGUAAACUAACAGAUGCCAGUCUCUACACUGUGGUGUUCGAUGAUGGAGACGAGAAGACUCUGCGUCGCACGUCCCUGUGUCUGAAGGGAGAGAGGCACUUUGCAGAGAGUGAGACAUUGGACCAGUUGCCUCUGACCAACCCAGAGCAUUUUGGUACACCAGUCAUCAAUAAAAAAUCAAACCGUGGUCGCCGAUCAUCCCAGGCUGUAGCCGAUGAGGAAAAUGAGUCUUCGUCUAGCGAGGAUGAAGAAGAUGACAGGAGGAGACUGAACGAUGAGCUGCUGGGAAAAGUCUGCAGCAUCCAGAACGAGUCAGAGGAGACGAGCAGCUGGUUCUUGGCUCUGGUGGUGUCUCCAAGCUGUAACGAUGAGCUGGUGGUGAAGAAGGACCAGUGUCUGGUCAGAUCAUUCAACGAUGCAAAGUUCCUCACAGUGGCAAGGAGACAUGUGCACACUCUGAGCCCCUACACUAUAAACAAGCCAGAGUUUUCAAACAGGAGAGGUCUGGACUCGGCACAGCUCUUUCUCAGGAGCAAAAAGAUUCCUGACAUGUGGAAAAUGGACAUGAGUCAGAUCCUGGACUCUUCAUCCAGUGACGAUGAAGAUGAUGAGGAUGAGAAGGAGAGUGAAGAAGAAGACGAGGAGGAGGAAGAUGAGGAAGAUGAGAAGAAAAAGAAGAAACACAUAAAGGAGGAGCCGGAGGAGGAACCUGACCCAGAGGAGCGAGACAACUUCCUGCAGCAGCUCUACAAGUUCAUGGAGGACAGAGGAACUCCCAUCAACAAACCUCCAGUUUUAGGUUACAAAGACCUGAAUCUCUUCAAACUCUUCAGAUUGGUUUAUCACCUGGGAGGCUGUGACAAGAUUGAGUCUGGGACUGUGUGGAAGCAGGUCUACAUGGAUCUGGGAAUCCCCAUCCUGAACUCUGCUGCAUCCUAUAACGUGAAGACUGCCUACAAGAAGUACUUGUACGGAUUUGAGGAGUACUGCCGCUCAGCCUCCAUCACCUUCAGGACCAUCCAUCACAACAACCCCCGCCCUCCUCCCAACACACCUCCGAACCAAAAGGUGAUGGGAGUAGAACCCAAAGAGAGCAGUGCCAGCACCCCUCAGCUGAAGUUGGAGCCUGUUGACAACUACAGGGAACCAGAGGGAGAAUUGGACAGUGGCAGUGAGAAAGAGGAGGUGAAGGAGCAUCAUUUGUCACCAAGGGGGAGGAGGAGGUGUGUGGUCGGUCAGGGGAAGAUGGAGCGAGAUUCAUUCCCUAGAUCAGAGAAAAGAGGAACAGCAACAAUAGGAGAGAACAGUGAAGAACAGAAGGACGGAAGAAGACGCAGCCACAGAAAAAUGGAGGACUCUGAGAAAGGCUCAGAGGACGAGGAGGAUGAUGAUGAUGAUGAGGAAGAGGAUGAUGAAGGUGAUAGGAGAAGAGGGGACAGAAGUGAGGAAGAGGGAGACGGAGACUCUGUGACUGGAACAAAGGUCAGGGUGAAGUACGGUAGAGGAAAAACUCAGAAGAUCUACGAGGCCCACAUCAAGAAGACGGACAUGGACAAUGGAGAACAGUUUUAUUUGGUCCAUUACUAUGGCUGGAAUGUCAGGUAUGAUGAGUGGGUGAAGGCUGACAGGAUCAUCUGGCCUGUGGAGAAAGGGACAAAGAAAAGACAAAGGAAGAAAGUGAAGAACAAAGAGGAAUCAGAGAAGGAGGAGGAGAAGCUUGUGGUGAAACCAACAGGGGCAAAACGAGGUCGUCCUCCGCUCAAAACCACACCCACCGGCCCUGCGGGUCGCAGCGUGUCCAAGACGCCAAGCAGCGAGGGUCGGUCCAAUGGCAAAAGUGGGAGGACAGAGACGACGCCCAGCAUGUCCAAUGGAGAUAACACUCCACGCAGGAGAACCAGGAGAACAUCAGGAAUGUACGACUCGGACAGAGCAUCCAACGAGGAGUCUGGGAACUCUGGCGAUGACAGCGAAUCUGAAGACCCGCCCGAUAGAAAUCUGUCACCAUGGCGGGUGAGGACUGAUGCCUUGCCUUGUCAGGAGGAGAUGCAAAUGCAGCAGCCACUGCAGCAGCAUGAUGAAAUAAAGGAAGAAGUGAAGAAAGAGCAGGAGGUGGAAGAAGAAGAGGAUGAGGAGGAGGAGGAGACGACGACAAGUGGUGUCAUCCAACCUGCUGCUGCAGAAGACGCAACAUUAGCACAGACGUCGGUAGCACCUGAAGUUCCCAUCAUCCCACAGGUGAAUGAAGAGCAGGUGCUGGGCCAGUCUCAGAAUCUGGAGGCAGAGCAAAAGGAGGAGCCUCCAGCAGAAGUUCCUAUGGUGGCACCACCUCCACCUGUGGAGAAAGAGAUCAUCACUGCUUCUCCUGUACAAGAAGUGGUAGUAAAGUUGUCUCCUCCAGCUGAGAAAGUGGUUCCUGUGACACCUCCUCUACCCAUCACGGAGGAGGACAAGGGCACUCCUCUGUCCUCCUCAAGGACCGCCAGAGGACGUAGAGUCGGGUCGGGACUCAGAGAGAUGGGGUCGGAAACUCCUCCCAGACUCCAACUCUGUACAUCUAGCCCCUCCCACCCUGGUGGCAGCCCCUCCCAUCCCACCACGCUGUCAUCGCCUCCUCGCAGUGUACUGAAAAGACAAGAUGAGCCGAUGGUCGUCCUCCGCUGCCUCCCCACAGAACACCUGCCUCUGGAGACUCCCACUGCCUACUCAGACACUGACUCUGCCUCUGAAGAGGGAGAAGUAUCUGAGGAGAGGAGCAACAUGGCACUGAAACGGAAAUCAGUGGAGCAGCAGCGAUCAGGGGAUAAGAGGUUCCGUCCUGAAAGAAGGCAAGAGGAGGCAGCUUCCCUCAAAACUCCCUCCCCACAGUCCAAGAUGGCAUCAAGCACUUCACCUAAAAGCCUCCCCUCACCGCUCCGCCCUGAGAGGAAGAGUGAAGCCAACACCAAAACAGAGUGGCCUUGUCUUCGAGAGGAGAAACCGAGUGAGGAGACAGAGGAGCAUCUGACCGGAGCGGUUGUGAAGGAGCACCAGGUGCAUGCUGAGAUGCCUUCACUGGCCGCAGAGGCUCCAGACUCUGCUUCUGCUGAGGAGCUGGAGCCACAGAUCGGGCCUGAGUCACUCGUCUGCCACGAAGUCGACCUGGACGACCCCGACGAGAAGGAGAAACCUGCCCCAUCCGCAGAGCAUCUCCUCCUCAUGAUGAGGGAACAGGCCCACGGUCCUCUCCCACUGCCUCACCUUCUCCAAACAUCUGCCCCUGCUCCUCAAACCCCUCAUCUCCCACAACCUCAUGUCCGACUGUUAGUCCCAGCCGCCGCUCCAUGCUCCACCCCCUGCAACGACGAACUGCACAUAGUUCGAAGCACCACCACUGCUGCUGUUGAGGAGGAGGAGGAGGAGCAGCAGCACAGAGCAGGAGCAGAGCAGGAGGGUGAUUCCAGCCCAGGCUUUGAUGGCAGUGGCUCCUCCUCCUCCAUGUCAUCGUCGAACAAAGACAGAGCUCAGAAAAGAGUGAUGGAUUGCAGCUUGAGUCCGACCACGAAGAAACACAAACGCAGUCAGAAGAGGCCGACCACGCCAGGGAAGGUGGAGAAGAAUGGAGCAGGUCACAGCAGCGACAGCGAGGACCAAUCACGUCUGUCGUCUUUGACAAAGUCCCAGAAGCCUCGCUGUCCCACCCUGGUGUCUCCGUCUCACACUAAAGACAAACACAGCUUCCCUUCACCACAGCGCACGUACAAGUGGACCUUCCAGCUCGACGAGCUGGAGAACAUGUCGAGCACGGAGCGGAUCUCUUUUCUUCAAGACAAACUUCAGGAGAUAAGGAAAUAUUACCUGACGCUGAAAUCAGAGGUGGCGUCCAUCGACCGCCGCAGGAAAAGACUAAAGAAGAAGGAGAGGGAAGUGUCAAACACGACGGCGUCCACAUCCUCAGCCUCUUCCGACACUGGCAUGAGCCCAUCCUCUGCCUCGCCCACUCAGAACACAGUUGCUGUGGAGUGUAGGUGAUGACACGCCCACCACAGCCCCACCCACUCGCUCCACCUGCCUAAUCCCUUAAUGUACAGACUGCUCCCACAGCUGAGGGCAUUAUGGGAAAGGAAAAAAGAAAAAACAUACAGGUGAGAGUGGGACUGACAUGAACACGUUGCUGUGGGACAUGCCCACUCGGUCGGUUUGGACCCCGCCCUCCACAUUGUGAGAAGCAGCCUUCACCAUGGAGCACUCCUGUCCUCCUUAACUUCUUCACUUCCUCCUCAGUCCCUCUUUCUUUGUGGUGGACUGGUCAAAUUGCAGGAGCUGAUGGUUAUGCAAUGUUUUGUUCUUCAUUGACACAGAUGAAAUUAUUUAUUACAAAAACAACCUUCAAAUUUCCUGCUGCAAGCAUUUUGUACAAAUGAGAGCUUUUAUUUUAGUAAAAACAGCCAGAGAAAAAAAAAAACUAAAAAAAAAAGUUUGGGACGUUGCAGAAGGAAAACAUUUUUCAUAACCAAACUCAGCACCUGAUUGGUUCUGUGGUGUACAGAAGAUCAACAUUAACAACUCAACACAUUUUUUAUGCCCCCACCCCCUAGUGAAUUGAAAUUAUGAAAUCUCAUCGUUGUGACAUAAAUUGAAACUCAGGAAAUCUGAUUUUUUUUUGUUUUCUUUUGUAAAAAAAAAAAAUUAUAUAUUUUUUAAAUAUGGUUGAACAUGUUUUAAAUGCAUUUAUUUUGGUUGAGAAGUUUGACCUUAAAUCUGGGCAAAGUAGAAAUUAGUCUGAUUGAGAAAAUCUGAUUUAACGUACUGAUGGUACAUUUGGUUAAGUCUGACUCCAGUAUUUUCCCCCAUCACCAUUGAAGUCUUAGAUAGGAAAAAUUGGUUUAACUUUGUUCUAAAUGAUAUCUUUUAUAAAGACUUUAACAGAACUGGGCAGAUCUUUUAUUUUCAAUUU